CGUACACCUUGCAAUCGUAACCUCAGUUUAUUAGGAGAACAGAACGCCAGAGUCCUGGGUUCUCCCCCCAUUUUCUCUUUCGGAUGGGCCCUGCAGAGUGUCAGUAAAAGAGCAGUUUAUCGAAGCUCGUUGGGCAGCGACGGCCGAGAGCGCGGGUUCUCGCGAGAUCGCCCCCGGAAGUGGGUGGCAGCGGAGACGCAGAGACUCUCUCCGGAAGGCCAGCGUUUUUCCGGAGCUGCUGCAGCUGUCCGCCCCCCACCGGCGCUCUCCUCUGAGCAAGAACUCACUCGUGGCGGCCUUUCCAGCCCCGAGCUCGCACCUUCGGCUUCCCCGACUGCACAGCGGCGGGCCCAGUCAGCGAGCCCCCGCGACUCCGGCCCCUUCCCUCCCUCCGCGCUGCAGUUAGGCCGCGCCCUGAGGCCCAGUCCGCGGCAGCUCCGGCGGGUGAUGCCAAAUACAGCCAUGAAGAAAAAGGUGCUGUUGAUGGGGAAGAGCGGGUCGGGGAAGACCAGCAUGAGGUCGAUUAUCUUUGCAAAUUAUAUCGCUCGCGACACCCGGCGCCUCGGUGCCACCAUUGAUGUGGAGCACUCCCACGUACGAUUUCUGGGCAACCUGGUGCUGAACCUGUGGGACUGUGGCGGUCAGGACACCUUCAUGGAAAAUUAUUUCACCAGCCAGCGAGACAACAUUUUCCGUAAUGUCGAGGUCCUGAUUUACGUGUUCGACGUGGAGAGCCGCGAACUGGAAAAGGACAUGCAUUAUUACCAGUCCUGUCUGGAGGCCAUCCUCCAGAACUCUCCUGAUGCUAAAAUCUUCUGCCUGGUGCACAAAAUGGAUCUGGUUCAGGAAGAUCAGCGUGACCUGAUUUUUAAAGAGCGAGAGGAAGACCUGAGGCGUUUGUCUCGCCCUCUCGAGUGCGCCUGUUUCCGAACAUCCAUCUGGGAUGAAACGCUCUACAAAGCCUGGUCUAGCAUCGUCUAUCAGCUGAUUCCCAAUGUUCAGCAGCUGGAGAUGAACCUCAGGAAUUUUGCCCAAAUUAUUGAGGCCGAUGAAGUUCUGCUGUUCGAGAGAGCAACCUUCUUGGUCAUUUCCCAUUACCAGUGCAAAGAGCAGCGCGAUGUCCAUCGGUUCGAGAAGAUCAGCAAUAUUAUUAAGCAGUUCAAGCUGAGCUGCAGUAAAUUGGCCGCUUCCUUCCAGAGCAUGGAGGUUAGGAAUUCUAACUUCGCUGCUUUCAUCGACAUCUUCACAUCAAACACCUACGUGAUGGUGGUUAUGUCUGAUCCCUCGAUCCCUUCUGCAGCUACACUGAUCAACAUUCGCAAUGCCAGGAAACACUUUGAGAAGCUGGAGAGAGUGGACGGCCCCAAGCACAGCCUCCUUAUGCGUUGAAUACUGCCAAAAUACGCUUUCUGAAAAUGCUGAAUUGCCUUUCUCCCCCCACCCCCACCCGCAUCCUUUUCUUUUUAAUAUUCAUAAUGUUGUGUGCUUAAAAGUGGGCUUUGAAAUGUGUGCUGCUUACUCCUUCCUUCUCUUUCUUCCCUGCUCCCCAAUCUUUAAGCCUUGGACGCUAUUUACUCAGCUAUCCAGUAGAGCUUUCAAGAUGGCCUUUCUGAAAAGUUGGUAUGGUAAACAGUAAAGUAGGUGGUGUGUGUGUGUGCUCUGAUUACCUGGUUAUAAAGAUAUACACAUCAAAGCCUUUACAUUACCUUCCUGUAUUCCUUGAUUGCAAAGAUGGAAUGUUAUUUUAUCAGCAAGGUAUUAAAAUGCAUUUAUAAAUUCUACUUGGCUUCAAUCAUGAAUAAACAUUUGCUUGUUAGCAAUUUAAAAUAUGGUCUUAUUUGAAAUAAUUUGAACAUGGUUAAUACUAAAUCUCUAGAUUCUGACUGCCCACAAGUAUUGCCUAACAAGUUAACUUAAUUUUGUGAUCUUGGCUCCCAUUGCCUUAGCAAUGUUUAAUAUUGACUGUACAAGUGUGAUUAAUAAAGGGACUCUGGAGCUAGACCACCUGAGCUGAGUUAGUAUUCUAGUCCCUUCUCUUACUAGCUUGAUGAACUGAGAAGGUACUUAAUUUUACUAUGUUUCUUUCCUCAUUUUGUAAAAUAGGGAUAAGAAAAGCAUUGCUUCAUUAAGACUAAAUUAAAACAGGGACAGCAUUUAGAAUGGUGCCUGCCACAUGCUCAGUACUGUUCACUGUCAGUACCACCUUCUGGGCCAUUCUUCCUCCUCUUUCCCAAAUUACUGGAUGUGAAACUUGGCAAAAUAUUUGAGCCCUUACUCGAUCCCAGGUAUUCUUAAAUAGUUGAUUGCAUUUUUCUUCUUAAUCCUCACAACCUGUGAGGACUUUCAUCUAAAAGAUGAAUAAACAGGUAUGACCUUAUUAAGGUCAUAUAGCUGAACCUAGGCAAUGAGUACAGAUCCUCCCCCUCCUAAUCCUUACAUGCCACUACUUGAUAGAAAAGUUAAUCAUAAAAAUCCUAGCUUUUUAGGUGUAUAUUAUUCCUUCAUAUAAUUUCACUAA